UUCACCACAUCGACGCGAUGCUUCGACGCUCAGAACUUUACCAUGCCGGCCCUCUCGCCCACCAUGACCGAGGGUAACAUCGCCAGCUGGAAGGUCAAGGAGGGGGAGUCCUUCAGCGCCGGCGACGUGCUGCUCGAGAUCGAGACCGACAAGGCCACCAUGGACGUCGAGGCCCAGGACGACGGCGUUAUGGUCAAGAUCAUGACGGCUGACGGUAGCAAGGCCGUUCAGGUUGGAUCGCGGAUCGCCGUCAUCGCCGAGGCCGGAGACGACAUCAGCUCACUCGAGAUCCCCGCCGACGAGCAGCCCAAGGCCCAGCCCAGCCAGGCCAAGGAGACCGCCCCGACCGAGUCUAAGCCCGCCGAGAAGAAGAGCGCACCCAAGCCCACGGGCACCGGGACAUACGAGCACAAGUACCCUCUCCUGCCAUCGGUCGGACACCUCGUCAAGGAGAAGGGCAUCAGCGAAGACGAUGUCAAGAAGAUCAAGGGUACUGGUCCCCACGGCCGGUUGCUCAAGGGUGAUAUCCUCGCCUACCUCGGAGCUAUCAACCCCGAUACCCCCGCCGCCAACGAGUCCAACUUCAACUCCCUCGUCCACCUCGACCUGAGCAACAUCAAGGUCGCUGAGAAGAAGGCACCCAAGGAAGCCCCCAAGGAGGCCGCCCCUGCUCCCAAGGCCCCUGUGAUCGAGAACCUCGAGCUGUCUAUCCCCGUCUCCCUGUCCAAGGUGAUCGAGGUCCAGAACAAGAUCCAGGAUACUCUUGGCGUCUUCCUGCCCAUCUCUACAUUUGUCGGCCGCGCCGCCGAGGUCGCCAACGACGCCCUCCCUGCCUUGAAGCGUGCUCCCACCACCAACGAACUCUUCGACCAGGUUCUCGGCCUCGACAAGGUCAAGGCUGUCAAGGGAUCCCGCGGUGUCUACCUCCCCCAGAUCUCCGCCAUCCCUCCCGCGUCGCUGCUCGCCCCUAAACCCGCCGCCCGCAAGCAGACCGACAUUAUCGACAUUCUUGCCGCCCCCAGCAAGAAGGCCGCUCCCAAGCCCGCCACCAUCCGCACCGUCCCCGGCAUGUCCAGCGGCGCCAACAUCUUCACCCUGGUAGUCCCCAAGGCCGAGGAAGAGCGGGCACAGAUCUUCCUGGAGCGCUGCAAGGUGAUUCUUGAGGAGGAGCCCGGACGGCUGGUGUUGUGA